UGAUAUUUCCUGUGGUCGGCGAACACGUGAGCGUGAAACUUGAGUAGCGUUCUUUUAUGUCUGGUGAAUUAGGGUGGAGAAAUGUGUCGUGACAUCUGUGCGGUUACUGAACGCAUCGGCGCAGGAUGAAAACUAAUCGUGAUGUUUGGUGCGGUCAUUGAACGCGUCACGAGCAAGGAGACUGGGCUUGCUGCCACUCCCCCCUCAGCCCCCCUCAGCAUCCUUUCCUGGAGCAGCAGCACACGACCGAACGCACGACAGGACCGAGAACCUCCCAACGUUGUCAGGACUGAACCAAGCUGGAGCCGGCGGUGGCGUCGGAUCCGCACGCCGGGCAGCAGCAGCCGGGGUGGAGCGGUGCCGAGCGGCAGCCUCCGCCCUGGACCGACGAACUGGCUGACAUGUCCCGGCACAUUUACGGCAGACACGGGCCGGCGGACGGAGCGCGCAAGGCAGCCUUCCAGGUAAACGGAAGUACAUACUCCAGGAGGAGUAGACUGAAGAGAUCGGACGGCAGCACCACAUCCACGAGCUUCAUCCUCAGACAGGGUUCUGCUGACUCGUACACCAGCCGACCAUCCGACUCGGACGUUUCCCUGGAGGAGGACAAGGAGGGUGGCAGGCAGGAGCGUGAGCAGCAGGCGCAGAUUCAGCUGGAGAGAGCCAAGACCAAAGCGGUGGCGUUCGCCGUGAGGACAAACGUCAGCUAUUGCGGAGCUGUGGACCAGGACGUCCCCGUGGGAGGCACCGCCGUCUCCUUCGAUACCAAGGACUUUCUCCACAUCAAAGAGAAGUACAACAACGAGUGGUGGAUCGGUCGCCUGGUGAAAGAAGGUUGUGACGUUGGCUUCAUUCCGAGUCCUCUCAAGCUGGAAAACAUUCGCCUGCAACAUGACAACAAGCGAGGACGCUUCCAAGGCAGUCACCACAAGUCCGGUGGGAACUUGUCGUCCAGUUUAGGAGACAUCGUGUCAGGAACCUUCAAGAGCACGCCAAACAGUGCAGGGAAGCAGAAACAAAAAGUGGCCGAGCAAGUGCCCCCGUAUGACGUAGUCCCUUCCAUGAGGCCGGUGGUCCUGGUGGGUCCGUCGCUUAAAGGCUACGAGGUGACCGACAUGAUGCAGAAGGCGCUGUUCGACUUCCUGAAGCACAGGUUUGACGGCAGGGUCUCCAUCACCCGGGUAAUGGCCGACAUAUCUUUGGCCAAGAGGUCAGUACUAAACAACCCCAGUAAGCGCGCCAUCAUUGAGAGGUCCAACACCCGUUCCAGCAUCGCUGAGGUGCAGAGCGAGAUCGAGCGCAUCUUCGAGCUGGCGCGCUCACUGCAGCUGGUGGUGCUGGACGCCGACACCGUCAACCACCCGGCGCAGCUCGUCAAGACCUCGUUGGCGCCCAUUCUAGUCCACGUCAAAGUGUCCUCGCCUAAGGUCCUCCAGCGUCUCAUCAAGUCUCGCGGCAAAUCUCAAAGCAAACACUUGAACGUGCAGCUGGUGGCAGCUGAAAAACUUUCCCAGUGUCCUUCUGAGAUGUUUGACAUCAUCCUCGACGAGAACCAGCUGGAGGACGCCUGCGAGCACCUGGCCGACUACCUGGAGGCGUACUGGCGAGCCACGCACGCCCCUUUGCUCAACACCACGCCAGGACGCAACUUGAGCUCCACAGCGCUCUCACCGUAUCCCGCCGUCAUCCAGGCCCAGCGUAAGCACAACAACAACCCAAACGCAUCACCCGUGGAGCGUCGCAGCCUGAUGCCGGCCGAGCAAAACCUGCAGAACGAGCGGGCCAGGACAGGUCGCCACCGGUUGUCGUCAGGGUCCCAGCACAGCUGCGACCAGUCGCAUCUGGUGGAGGAGGACCCCUACCUCCAUGAACCCUACCAGGACACUUAUCAGCCUCACCGCAGGCCCUGAAAACAUCUUCAGGAAACAAAUGGUAGACUGUGUCAUGAUCGUAAUGAUGAUAUGUUGUUCUAGAGAUACGAUUUUAUUUUGUUAGCAAUGAAACACAACAUGUGUUCUUUUUCUUUCUUUUUAAUCAAUAAGCACAUCAAGGUGAUAUCGUUGGAGUAUUUUUACAUGGAACUACACAUAUUAUACUCAGUUGGCCUCGUACUAAGUUGUAGACAUUUAAUAUUCAUGUACCUUGACUUAAAUCACUUGUAUGUCAAAUCAGCUUUCCCCAUUGAAAGAAAUGGAAAUGUUUAUAAUCUGUUCUAGCUCCCCAAAAAUAUAUCUAUAACAGUGUAUUUUA